AUGCCUGCAGGGCCGAUCACGGUGCAAGAGAUCUCGGUGGGCAAGCGAAGCUCACUGCGACGGAUCAUCGAUCAUCUCGACCGAGGCAUCGAGGAUGCCGAGCGGCGUGUCAUGUAUGCGAUGCAGCAGCAGGAGCACGAUCCCGGCGCUGUGUCCUUCAGCUCCCAGAAGCUCCGAAGAAGGCUGCAGAACGAUCCAAUCCUCCAAAAGUGGAAAUAUGUCCGCCGGUGGGCCCCGCUGGUCCAGGCCGAUGCCCUUCUCUCGGCCAGUGCGACACGCAAGGCGGACGAGUCAGACGUGGACCGAAUCAUAUCGACGAUUGAGUCCGUCGACCGCGGAGAAUCGGCACCGCUCUGUCGCUUCCUCCUUUCCGCCCUUGUGCGCAUGCUCCCCAAUCCUAAGCUCUGGUCGGGGAUAAAGGAGAAAGGGCUGACCAUGGAGGAUCUGCGGAUCGACUGGGAUGUCGUCUACAUGCCCAAGCCGUCCAACAACCCUCACGAUUGCCGAGCAUUGCGUGGGCCUUCUGAGAACAACGGCGCCGAACAAAGGAGGCUCAAACCGGCGGUUGCCCGCUUUAACGAGACAUUGCGCCAUCUGGUCCACUUUAACAAAGAGAUUGGUCCCGGCGCAUAUGGCCAAGCUAUUGCCUUCGAAGCUGAACUGGCGCGAUUCCGCGCGCUGCUCCCACUUCCCGAGGCAGAAGAAGCAAGCUUGGGCGAGAUCUGCUGGGCUCCAGUGCGACGGGCCCUGUCGGAGGCCCAUCGGCAGGGCAAGCUCGUUGCAAGCCAUAUCAACAAGGCCAUGUGGGCUGCCCUUCGCUACGGGAUACCGCACAUUGAGGGUUGGCCAACGACGGAAGCGAUCCUCGAGACGUAUGCUUGCAUGCGCUUCAACCUUGUGCAGGCCGAGAUCGACCGUCACCGGGCAGACGAGGGACUGGAAGCCAGGAAGCCGGAGGAGCGAGAGGGACCUUCUCACGCCUCGGUCCUCCUUCCUGCAUUCGAGGGUUGCCCAGGCCUGCUACCUCCUGACAUUGUUCCCACGACGGAGACGUACUGCGCGCUGAUCCGAGGACUAGCCUGGCAUGGCGAUCUUCACAAUGCGCUGACCGUCUUUCGGGACCUGUCCAUGACCGAGGUCGACCUGCCAUUUGAAGCGUACAGUGGUCUUUUCCGGGCAUUUGGCAAGCAUGGUCGACCAGCUCGAGCCACUGGCAACGAGGAAGAAGCCGACGGAGGGUGGACGCUCGACACGCUCCAGGAUCUUCUCGAUGGAUUUCUCUCGAUGGAACCCCCCCGCACAGCCAGUGCUCCGGCCAAGGUCAGUGGCGAAGGUGAAGACAAGGCACUCAAGGAGGUCGCAGGUGCGCAGGGCAUCUUCACGCCCGGCACCCACGAAAAGGGAGUCGCACCGUUCCAAAACGCAAUGAGAGCAAGGCUGGAGACGGCCAGGUCCAUCAUCGAGCUCGAGCAGAGGCUCGAUGUGCCCAAGAAAGCACACGGACCCUCGGACGAGCUCCUCUACCACCUCAUCUUGGCUCUGGAACGGUGCAGCUCCAAUGACUCGAAGUGGGUUUGGGAGCAGUGCAAACGCAUCAAGGACAAGUACGGACCGCGGAACAAGCAGGGCUGGUUCGGCUGGAAGAACAUGCAACGCUUCGACCAGGCCCUCGUCAGGCUAUCCAAAACCAAGUAG